CUGUGGUUAAACUACAGAUAAAUAAAAUAAUGUUUUAUAAAUCCGUGGGUUAAACAGCAGCUGUCCUGAGAGCAAUUUCAAUUGCCAUAUUUUAACGUUUAUAACAUAGUACACUAAUCUGUGUAGAGCCCGAUUCAAGAUUUAAGAUAAGAUGAAGACCGACGAGCAAUGAUUAAUAUUUAAUGACGAAACAGCUGUUAUUACAAAAAUUGAUACUUCUAUGACAUUUUUAGAAAGUUGCAACUUGUAAGACUGUAAUUUUUACGAUUGACAACGGCAACAGUGAUAACACGGUAUUUUUAACUGAUGUGGAGAGUGGAACUGUGGAAAUAUAAUGUUGAUGUAGUGAAUAGCGAUGACCAAUCCUUAAAAAACCUUUGGCUUGCGCUCCACCAUUAAUUUAAAUACUAAUUGAUACUAUAGUCGUGACUCAUAAACGGUCACAGUUGUUACUUGGUUCUAUUAACCUUUUCAUUAUAAUUUUCAUUUCGUCCAUUUAUAUAUUAAAAUUUAAUAUAUUUUGUAUUAUAUAGGUAUUAAAUUUUUAUUUGAAUUAGCUAUGGGCGUACAAAAUUUACAGAUCAUUUUUGACAAUCCGACAUCAGUAUUCAUGCCUGGUCAGUCAGUUACUGGGCGAGUUUUAAUUGCAGUUGGUGGUUCUGUCAAAAUACGAAGUAGGUGGAAUAUACCAUUUAUUAUGAAUUUAGGACAACAUUUUCAACUGCUAUUUUUGGUGUAGUUGAACAUUUUCCCCCUAAUAAUAAAAAAAAAAUGUAUUUUAAUUUUUUUUGUAUAAUUUUGUCUUGAUGUGUAAUAAAAUAAAAUAGAAUAACAAUCUAAGUAUUUCCAUACAUAUAGUUAAAGUUGUGUAAUAAAUUAUGAUAGAUGUAUAUAAUAAUAAAUGUAAUAUUUUAAUAAGAACUUGGCAUAGUGACAAAUAUCUGGAUGUUUAUUGAAAAACCCUAGAGAAUAAAUUCACCAACAAUUAUUAAAUUCUUAAGAAAAAAAACUAAUGAAUAAAGUUUAAAAAUAUAUUGUGUUUAUAGGUGAAAAAAAAAAGAAAAAGAAAUUGAAGUAUUUUAGAAAAAUUAACUUUCUUUGUAGGAAUGACUAGUUUUUUUUUUUAUUAAUUAUUAAUUAUAUUCUAUUUAGAAAAUUGUUUAUCGUUAUUAUGUUACAGUUAUAUUUUUACAUAAUUUGCUUUGAACAUAACUUUUUAUUGUAUUAAAUGGCAAUUAUUAAUCAAUAUUAAAAAAUAUAUUUAUAGUUAUAGAUAUUUAAAAAAAAUUGGGUGGAAAAUUGUCAAAUUACCACAGAUUAUAUACUUACAAAAUAGAUUUAUAUUUAUUAUAUUUAGCAAUUCUAAACUAUUUUUUUUAGAUGUAAAAUUAAAAUGUAAGGGAGAAGCUGAAGUUUCUUGGACUGAACAAGAAUCUCGGAGUAAUGAUAAUGGUCAAACUGAAAAUUACUCUGUUAAAUAUGAUGCAACAGAAGAAUAUUUUGAAAACAAAAUUACUCUUGUUGGUGGUGGAGGUAAGUGGAAAAAUGUUCACUUUGAAUAAUUUAUUUAUUAUUUUUGUAUUUGUUUUUGGGAUAAUAUUGUGUAAUAGUAUAAAUUAAUUUAAAUAAAGAACAAGUCCAGUUUACCGGACACCUUUUGUUUUCCAACUUUUUUUUAAUACAUGUUUGGAUGCUGAUUUUGGAAUUAUUUAAAAAUUUUUGCAGAAAUCAUUAAAGAAGUUAUGGAAAUUUUAAGUUUCUUAUAUUAGCACUAUAGGUGCACCUAGAGACUUACCAGUCAUUGGCUCACUCAAAUUGUUUUAAACGAAAAUAACCCUCGAUUUAUUGUGCAAAAUCACAUUGGGUAGGUAAUAAGGAUAAACAAAUCAAUUGAGGGAGCUUGGUGGCAUAAUCAAAAUAUUUAAAUCACAUUUGGAGAUUAGAUGUGUGUUUUUUAACAAAAAAGUACUACACCGGUCAAAUGUAAAUAAAUUAAUGUAAAACAACUAGGUAUUUAAGCAAAAAGAAGAACAUCAACCUUCAAUAAUUUCUUUAAUAAUGAUUUACACAAAAAAUUCAAACAGUUCUGAAAUUAGCGUUGACAAAAACACAUAUUUAAAAAAAAAAAAUAUGGAAAACAAAGGGUGUCUAGUAAACUAGACUUAUAAAUUAAAUUAUUGCAGGCGGUUUGAAUCAUAUUUUCUUUAAAAUGAGUAUGAUUAUUUUUUUUUUUAGGUGAAUCAAAAUUAGAAGAAGGUGAACAUGUGUACCCAUUUAAUAUUUCUUUACCUCAUCAGUUGCCAUCAACAUUUAAUGGUGAACAUGGUCAUGUUCGUUAUUCAGUGAAAGUUGUAAUUGAUAUACCUUGGGGUAAAGACAAAGAAAAAGAAACAAUAUUUGAAGUUAUUUCUCCUUUAAAUUUGAAUGAUGAACCAUCAUUAGCCGUAUGUAUAUAAAAUCACUUAUCACAAUAAUAUUCUAAUUUUGAGUUUGAUAAUUAUUGAUUUAAACAAAUAUUUGUAUAGUUUUAUUUUUAUCAAUAAAAAUAAUACUAACAAGUUACCCAAUAUUCACUAAUUUUUACAAUUUAUUUUAAUGUUCGACAUGUUCAUAUUAUAUACCUAUAUAUGUUAGCUAUUAUUUUAAUGUGUCCAUGAAAAAGUUAUCUGUUUAUUUACUCAUAAUAUAUUUUAUACUCAAUUUUAUUGUGCUAUUAACCAUAGCCCAUAUUUAUUAGUAGGUUUUAUUGUUAAAUUGUUUGCAUGAUUUCAGAAUGUAUAUUAGUAUAUUACUAACAUUAUCAAUCAUGAUAACAUAAUUAUAUAUAUAUAUAUUCAUUUUAAUUUGUUUAUUCAAUAAUUUAAUUAUUUUAAACACAAGUUUAGAAUCAAAUAGCCUGACAAAUGCUGGUAUUUAAUUAAUUCUAUUAGAAUACAUUCAAAAUACAAGGACAAGGAAACUAUUAUGUGUUGUACACUAUUUUUUUCUGUGAAGUUUUGAAAGUCCAAAGUCUAGAAUUUAAAUAUAUAUAUAUAUGAUAUUUAAAUUCUCAAUGAACAUUUGACAGAUGAUUUUUAAAAUUACUUGAUUCAAGGUUAUUGAAAAAUAAAAAUCUAAAUAAUUUUGAGAUUUCUAAAACCCGAUUCACACAGUCACCAUUUUUUUUUUUAACUUUACAAAUUUGUUUGAAAACUGUUUAAACAGCACAAGUACUACAUACACCUACCAUGAAAAAUUUAGUUGUAGUUCAUGCUUUAAUAUAUGAUGUAGUCUUUUAAAGUAUUUAAAUAGUAUUUUAAUUUAAAAUUCUUCCAUGUCAAUACUUUUCUUAAUUCAAGAAUUGAAAAUCCCAUUUUGUUAUUUAAUAUUUAAAGUAAUAAAAUAACAAAUUAUUAUUAUUGUUGAUCUUGUGAUGUCGUCCUUGGUAUAAACCGAGAAGAACAAUGUCAGAUAAAUGCAAAUUGAAAGUGUAGUGACAAAUUAGACAGAAAUUAAACUACUAUGGUAGGCUUACUAUAAGGAUUUUUAUGUUAACACUGAGAAAACCAUCCUGCUUAAGUGUUAUACAUCAUUUUGGGAAUGAUCUAAUAAUAAUUUAUUAUUUAAAAAAUUAAUAUUUUCAUUUUCAGUUAAAAUGAAGUUGAAGGUACAAAUUUCUAAUUAUGUGUUUAAAUAGUUGAAUAUUGAAUUUUAUAUUAUAAAUUUCAAAAUUAAUUUUUCAAAACUAUUUGAAUUAACUGUUAAAUAAAUCAAAAAAGUAGUUCUAUUGGUUUUGAAUAAUAGAUUUAUCUAUAUUUGUAUACCUUAGAUAAUAUCUUCUUUAUUAUUACCUAUAAUUGUAAUAAUAAACUUUUAUUAUAUUAUAUGUAUAUUUUAUGAUUUUGAUGGUUAUUCAAAUAUCAAAACUGUAUAUUUUCACAGUCCUAAAUUGAAUAAUAAUGAUCAAGCUUCUUUUUAAAAUUAAAAUAUUAAUGAUUGGUUUCUAUGAACUAUAAUUAAGCUAUAUUUUUUUAGGAACCCAUAAAAGAAGAAAAAGAAAAAUAUUAUUGUUGUUGUUGCUGUGAAUCUGGGCCAAUGACUUUAGUUGCCUGUAUUCCAUAUACUGGUUUUGUACCUGGACAGAUUAUACCUCUUACGAUUGAAUUAGAUAACAACAGUAAUGUGACAAUUGAUGCAGUUAAAAUCAUUUUAGAAAGAGUAAUAUUUUUAUAUGUCAUAUUUUUACAAUUUAGUUAAUGCGUUUUGUCUUUUUAGGAAAUAACAUUUAAAGCAAGCCAUCCUAGUGAACGGAGAAAAAAUAGUUCAUCUGAACUUGCAUUAUUACGAUUACAAGGAAUUGAAGCACAUGCAUCAAAAACAUGGUCGGAACAAAUGACAGUUCCUAAUAGUUUAAUGUUCGCUAAUUUAAAAUAUUGUGGAAUUAUAACAGACAAAUAUGUAUUAAAAGUAAUUUGAAUCUAUGAUUAAUCAAUUUUAAAUAAGAAUUAUUUAAUUAUUUACUUAUUCCUACAUAGGUAGAAGCUAUUUCUGGAAGCUUGUAUGAAAACACUGUAGUUAAUGUGAAAAUUACAAUGGGAAAUAUUCCAUUAACUAUAGCUCAAGAUGCUCCUCAAUAUUGUUAUCCUGCUAAAUCAACAGACCCAAAUAAUCCGCUGAAUGGACAGUUACAAACAAAUUCUACAGUACCUAUAGGUUUUAUUGAACCUAUAUCUACCCCAGGCUUUCCACAACAAUCAAUGGUUCCUGCACAAAGCAAUAUACCUUAUACCCAACCUGCAUUAUAUCCUCAAACUCAACAAUACAUUCAAUCCCAAUUACCUUAUCCAGAUUUGAAUACACAACAACCGGCUUUUAAUCCAUCUUAUCCUAAUUUGAAUCCAGAAGUAACUAGUGCUCCUUUAUAAUGCUGUAAGCUAUGAAUUAAGGCAUAAUCAAAAUAUUUUUAAAACAAGGUUACAACUGGAUUUUCUACUUACCUAUUAGAUUUCUAUUUAACUUGUAUACACAGAAUAUCCAAAAAUAAUCCAAACAUCAUUUUUUCUAAAUCUAUUUACUUAGGUUUUAUUUGCAUUAGUAAUAAUGGUAUUCAUGUUUUUAUCCAUUAUAACUUUAUCAUUUAUAUUUUAAAUUUCAAUAGUAUUAUAGUUCCACACAGGAAUGUAGGUAAGAGGGCUCCUACUCCUUUUACUCCCCACUUUGAAAUUACUUGGUGAGUUCAAUUAUAUUUUCUUAACUUCAAAUCCAAAACUAUUACAAAAAAAUUGAUAGUUAUGAUCCCCUCUCCCACCAAAUUAUCCAUAUUUAAACAUCUAGUUCAUGAAUUGGGAUAUAAUGUGUAUAAUAAUUAAUAUUAUAAAUUAUUUUUUACAAAAUUUCAGCAUAAUCAAUUAUUUAUGAAGUUUCGCUAAAUUACUAACCAAUAUAUAAAAUUAUUUUUAAUAGUUAUAAUUUAAUUAACAUUAACUAAUGUACCAUUAAUUUUUUAAAAAAUAAGCAAAACUAAGAAUUCAAAUUGCAGCAUGUUUGUAUUUCUAUAUUUUACUAUAUCUUACUCUUUUUCAGUUAUUUAUAUUUUGAUGUAUUUAACUGGGAAAAAAAAAAUUGCUUCUCUAUCUAAAACUUGCAUACAUAUUUAUGAAGUUGAUGGAUAACAUAUUUGAUAAUUUUAAAUGUACUUAUAAAGACAAAAAUAUUAUUAUAAAAUUGAUAAUUAUCCUUUCACAUUGUGCUCAGCAGAAUUCAGUAACUAAAUCUUAAACAUAUUUUAUACUUAAAGUUAAACAUAUUGAAGUAAUCAAAUUUUACUUUAUUGUUAUUAAGAUAUAUCCAAAUAUAUAAAUUUAAUAUAAUAUGAAAAUAGAAUUAUUAAAUAUUAUCUAAUAUAUUAAACAAAGUGUAAGAAGAGAUUAAUUACAACAAACACUAAGGUGCUAUUUUAUGUGAUCUAUUUUUGUGUUUCAUUUUUACAUAAUUAACAAAUUUUAUUUUAGAUACUUAACAACCUAAUGCUUAUAAUAAUACAUAAAUAUAUAUAUAUUUUUAAUUCAAGUGUUGAAGUAUAUUUGUAUUUAAGUUAAAAUCUUUAAAAUAUAUUUAUAUAAUAUUUUAAUAAUUGUUAGUAUUUUAUGGUUAGUGUGAUCAAGCUGUAUUAUCUAUAACAGAUAACAUACUAAUGUUGGGUUAGUUACUUACAUAAUCAUUAGUAUUUUAUAUUUAGAAUAAAAAUCUUUUGAUCCCCAGAUAAAAAAACCUCAACCCUAUUUAGUUUUUGGUCAAUCAAAUAUUGAUAUUUAGCAUGUUGGCUAAACUUUUGUACUAAAAAUAUUCAAUUUAUUUAAACUCUAGUAAGUUUUAGGGGAAUAGUUGCUGUCUGUUAAAUAAUAUAUACUUUAAUUAUUAAUAACAUUAAAACUGUUUUAAAUAUAUCAUAUAAAAUGAAAUCAGUUAGCAUGUUAAUAUGUUAGCC